AUGGCUAUCCUUUCCAAAAUCUGCAUUUUGUCAAUUGCUGCGCUGGCAUACGUUGAUGCCGCGGAGUUGUUGAAAGUUGCGAAAGAUGUUGAAAUUAUCCCCAAGUCGUAUAUUGUGGCGAUGAAGGGAAAUGUCAACGACCUUGACUUCCAAUCCCACACUGCUUCGAUUGCCAGCAUCCACCACGAAAAUCUGGCUAAACGCGGUUCGAGCAGUGCAGGAGGUUUAAAGUUUGUUUAUAACGUCCACAACUGGAAGGGAUACAGUGGUAGCUUUGACGAAGACACGCUUCGCCAGAUCCUCAAUGACCCCAAGGUCGACUACGUUGAACAUGACCGCAUUGUGAAAGCAUUCGUCGAACCCUCAGUAGGACCCGCUUCCCUAGAGACCCAGAAAAAUGUGCCAACUUGGGGCCUUCCACGCAUCUCCCACAAAAAAGGAGGCAGCCGAGAUUACGUCUAUGACAGCAAAGCGGGAGAAGGCAUCACAAUCUACGGUGUUGAUACUGGUAUUGACGCCACUCACCCAGAUUUCGAGGGACGUGUAACUUGGGGUGGUAACUUCGUUGGAGGAGGCAACCGAGAUGGCCAUGGCCAUGGUACUCAUACCUCUGGCACAUUCGGCUCAAAGACCUAUGGUGUUGCAAAGAAAGCCAAGAUUGUUGCCGUCAAAGUUCUCAACGAACGAUCCCAAGGCAGCUUGGGCGGCAUUAUGAUGGGUAUCAACUGGGCUGUCAGCCAUGCGAAGCAGAAUAACAUUACCAAUAAAGCUGUCAUGAACUUGAGCUUGGGUGCCAAGGGCUCCAAUUCCUUGAACGCAGUUGCUACUAAUGCCGUUCAAGCGGGUAUUUUCCUUUCAGUUGCAUCCGGAAAUGACAAUACAAACGCCCAGAGCUACACACCGGCUUCUGCCAAAGGUGUUUGUGCAAUCUCUGCUUCCUCCCAAAAUGAUGCUAAGGCCGGCUUUUCGAACUACGGCUCAAUCAUUUCUCUAUAUGCCCCUGGCGACAAGAUCGUCUCCCUAAAGCCCGGUGGUUCUACCCAAGUCAUGUCCGGAACAUCGAUGGCCGCCCCUCACGUUGCUGGUGCUGCCGCUGUUUUGAUGUCCGUUGAAGGUCUUGAAGUCAGCAAAGUGUGUGACCGCCUCAAGGAAUUGGGAAACCCCGCCAUUUCGAACCCGGGAGCGGGAACUACCAACAAGCUGCUCUACAAUGACAGUGGCGAGUAA